UCCAAGGAAAACAUUUGGAGAGUGGAGAUGUUGCAGACAGUCUGCAUGAGCCCUGAGCUGCUUGUCAACCAAAACAUGAGUGAAGAAGGUGAAAUCUGUGGCUACAGCCCAGGCCAGGGAUCUCCCCUGCCUGGAGAAACUGCUAGUCCCAAGAGCUGCUUCCAGCAGAGCCCAUCUCUGCCAGACUCUGGAUUAACUGAGCUGAACGUGGCGAGCCCCAAGAUCUACCACCCUCCUCCUCCUCCAUGCAACCCUCCAGGGAUGCCUGCUGCUGCUGACUCUGAACUUAGCUCUGAUCCCCCUCAGAAGCGCUACAUGGGUGUGAGAGUGAAGAUGCCAGUGCGGGAACUGCUGAGGAAAAUCCGACUGUCCAAAGGCUUGGACCCAGCUCCAGGCAAGGAAGCCUCAGCAGUGAAGAUGGUAGCCAAAGGAUCCUCAGGAAAAACAGCAGAGAAGAGGAGAUCUCACCCUUAUACAGAGAAACAGCUUAGACAGAGCAAGCAGAGCGCUGGGCAAAGCCCCAGAGGCUUGGAGGACCUCGACAUCCUGGUGGAGGUGCUGCAGGAGGAUCUGAACCAGAGCCAGCUCGGGGAGGAGCCCCAGCGCCCCGUGCCAGACGGGCUCUGGCAGGGAUUCAGCCGGGAGCUGCAGAGCUGCCGCUGGCAGAGCAGGGAGGCACACGGGGGCCUGCAGGGACCAGCAGGGCUUCACCCCCGCUCCUCCGGGAGAGAUUUCCACCCCAUGCUGAGGGGACAGGCGGAGCCUGCCCUCCAUGGUCAGCGGGAAAGCACCCAGAGGUCCGGCUCGCCUGGGGUGUUCUCCAGGACAGGCGGGAAUGGGGGCGGCUGGUGGGUGCAGGAUGGUGCCCUGAGCUGCCAGGAGGGUUUCUUGAGGAAUUCUCCAUCCCAGGAAGGUUUCUUGAGGGAUUCUCCAUCCCAGGAAUGUCUCCUGAGAAAUUCUGCAUCCCAGGAAUGUUUCUUGAGGGAUCAUCCACCUCAGAAAGGUUUCCCAAGGAAUUCUCCAUCCCAGGAAUGUCUCCUGAGGAAUUCUCCAUCGCAGGAAGGUUUCCCAAGGAAUUCUCCAUCCCAGGAAGCUUUCUUGAGGAAUUCUCCAUCCCACAAGGGUUUCCCAAGGAAUUUUUCACCCCAGGAAUGUCUCCUGAGGAACUCUGCACCCCAGGAAUGUCUCCUGAGGAACUCUGCACCCCAGGACACGCCUGCAGUCCCCAGCUUGGCAGAGAUGCUGCUGGAAGCUCCCAGGGGCUCUCCAGAUGUGGAGGGACAUUUGAGGCCGACCCCAAAUUCCCUCACCAGGCAGGACCUCUCUGCCCUCUCCUUCUUCCAGUUCCAGCUGCACAGGGAGGAAAAUUUGCUGAGGAACAUCCCAGAGGAAGAGCUGCUGGCUCCUGAUGAAAAUGGCAACAGGCUGCUGCACAAGGCUGUUGCCCAGGGGAGGAGGGCUCUGACUUUUGCCCUGGCCCGAAGAUUUGCAUCCCUCAACAAGAUUGACGAGAAGGAUGCAGAGAAAAGGACUGCUUUACAUCUUGCUGCAGAAAAGAACCAGCACCUGAUGGUGAGCGACCUCAUCUCCCUGGGGGCCAACGUCAACGAGCAGGACAGCGCUGGGAAAACUCCCCUGCACCUGUGUGCAGAGAAUGGCUACCUGAGGGUUCUGCAGGUCCUGAAAAGCUGCAAGAGCAAUGGGGUGUGUGUGGAAGUGGAUCUGCCUGACCACCACGGUCUGACCCCCCUGCUCUGUGCUGCCCUUGCCCACACUGUGCUGGUGACAGAGCCCCAGAGCUCUGCCAGGGACAGCGGCGCCGGGAGGGUCCUGAGGCUCCGGAGAGCCCAGAUCCUGGAGGGGAUUCUCUGCCUGCUCCAGAUGGGAGCAAAGCCCCAGCUGCAGGUUCUGCACUCGUGUCCAACCUCCACCCCCUGCCUGAAGCUCGAGGAGAACACAGAGCUCAUGUGUUUGCUUCAGACUCAUAAAGCCCAGGCACAGGAUGUUCCUCAGGAGAGCUGCAGCCUGCUGGACGCUCCCAGAGGAAUCCCCACUCCCCCAGCUGCAGAUAACUCCCCUGGCCUUGGCUCCUUGUCAUCCUCAGACCUCCUUGAUGUCCUUCUCCAAGGGAAAUGCUGAGAGCUCUCAC